AUGGCAGUUUGCAACCGCAACGGAAACCACCUCUCCCUUAACGCCAGCGAAAGCCUCCACUACCAAGAUGUUUCAAGUGACGUGAUCAAAGAAAGAGUUAUAUUAGAAGACGAUCAAAUAGCAAAAUUAAGGGAAAUAUUCAGAACAUUGAAUGAUGGGAAAUUAACUCAAUAAGAGUUAGGAACAUUGUUACGAUCGUUAGGGUUAAAACUUGGCAAAGAUCAGCUAGAAACCCUUAUUCAAGCAGUAAAUGAGAAUAAUAAUGGAACGAUUGAAUUCUCAGAGUUUAUUUCUCUUGUUUCCCCUGAUCUUAUCUUUGUAAAAUGUCAUUACAGCAAAGAACAACUUAAGAAAUUGUUUAAGAUGUUUGAUAUAGAUUGUAAUGGUUUGAUUACUGUAGCCCAACUCAGCCAUUCGACGGCAAAACUUGGCCAUGCUCUGACUUCUGAGGAACUUACUGGUAUGUCUAAGGAAGCUGAUACAAAUGGUGAUGGUUGUAUUAGUUUUCAGGAAUUCGCUCAAGCUAUUACCUCUACCACCUUUGAUAGUAGUUGGACUUGA